AUGGUGGACAGUAUGGGGUACAGUGCACAUGUCAAGGCUGGACCGACCGAAGCUUUAGACACACCUGGCCACGAGUCUCGCGAGUAUCGACUGGCGAAACGAACGGUUAUCCCGUCAGUGGCAAGGUUUCGCCAUGGCUGGCUAGUGCGUAUCAGAUUGACGAACGUCUCGGAACGGAUAGCUUACAUUCCAGCAUUCGAUAGACUGGCCAUGCUGGUUUCAGUCGGAGAUCUGCCGCGACGCGAGGGCUACGUGCGUUCGGACUACAAGAAGUACAAGGAUUAG